CCAAAAAUUGCAUUUAUUUAUGUGGUGUGUGUGUGUGUGUGUGUGUGUGUGUGUGUGUGUGUGUGUGUGUGUACACCCAUUUGAGACUCUUGUGACACAUGAACAUAUCAUGAUAGGAAUGUAGAGGUCAGAGAACUUGCAGGACUCAGUUCUUUCCUUCUACCAUGUGGGGCCCAGUCAUCAUAGCAAGUGCCUUAACUGCUGAGCUGUCUUACUGGCUGCAGUUUAAUGUUUUGAAGGUCUGUGUUUGGCUCCUCCAUGGAGGAGUGUGUAAUACAUGUUGUUGAUGUUUCUUUCUUUCUUUCUUUCUUUCUUUCUUUCUUUUUUUUUUUUCAAAGAGUUAAAACACAUCAUAAUGUCUUACUUAAAACAAACUCUGAGCUCUAUUUUGUGGUUCUUCUCAACCAAAAAUACUUUUAUUUUUUGGCUGUUAAUUAACUGUGUAGCUGAGGAUGACCUUGAAUUGCUGGUCCUGUCUCCCUCCAGAAUGUUAGAGUUAGAGGCCAUGAGCACCAGAGCUGGUGUGCUAGAUGGUUCUGACGCAAGCUGGAGCUCGCAAAUAGGAGGAUGGGAGCAGAGGAGAGCCUCCACUGAGAAAACGCCUCCAUAAAAAUUGGCCUGGAGGCAAGCUGAUAGGGCAUUUUCUUAAUUGUGAUUCAUUUGGGAAGGUCCAGCCCAUUGUGUAUGGUGCCUCCUCUGGGCCGGUGGUCCUGGGUUCUAUAAGAAAGCAGGCUGAGCAAGCCAUGUGGAACAAGCCAGUAAGCAGCACCCCUCCAUGGCCUCUGCACCAGCCUCUACCUCCAGGUUGCUGCCCUGCUUGAGUUCCUGCCCUGACUUCCUUUAGUGAUGGACUACGAUGUGUGGAGGUGUAAGCCAAAUUAACCAUUUCUCCCCCAGGUUGCUUUGUCCAUGGUAUUUCGUCACAACAAUAGGAACCCUAACUAGGACACCUGGGUUAUUUUAUCUUAAGAAUGUAUCUACUGCUCUUUUCCUUCUUUGCAAGAUGGUGGGUGAAAAAGCCAAAAAGCCUGACACAAAAGAGAAACCAGCAGCCAAGAAGGCUGGUGGUGAUGCCGCUGGUGCAGCCAAAAAGGGUGACCCUAAGGUUAAAAAGCCCAAGAAGGGGAGGCCCCAUUGCAGCAGAAACCCUGGCCUGGUUAGAGAAAUUGGCAGGUACUCCCAAUCUGCUAUGUAUUCCAGAAAGGCCCUGUACAAAAGAAAAUACUCAGCUGCAAAAACCAAGGUUGAAAAGAAGAAGAAAAAGGAGAAGGUCCUUGCCACUGUCACUAAACCACUUGGCAGUAACAAGAACGGUGGUACCUGGGUGGUUAAGCUUCGAAAAAUGCCCAGGUGUUACCCUACUGAAGAUGUUCCUCGGAAGCUGCUGAGCCAUGGCAAGAAGCCCUUCAGUCAGCAUGUAAGGAAGCUUCGAGCCAGCAUCACUCCAGGGACUGUCCUGAUCAUCCUCACCGGGUGCCACAAGGGCAAGAGGGUGGUUUUCCUGAAGCAACUGGGCAGCAGCUUGCUACUUGUGACAGGACCUCUUGCCCUCAACAGAGUUCCUCUGCAAAGAGCACACCAGAAAUUUGUCAUUGCCACCUCUACAAAAGUUGAUAUCAGCAAGGUUAAAAUCCCCAAACACCUGACUGAUGCUUACUUUAAGAAGCAGCAGCUGCGCAAGCCCAGGCACCAGGAGGGCGAGACUUUCGACACAGAGAAGGAGAAAUAUGAGAUUACAGAGCAGCACAAGGCCGAUCAGAAAACUAUGGACUCGAAGCUUUUGCCAAAGAUCAAAGCUGUUCCUCAGCUCCAGGGCUACCUGAGGUCUCAGUUCUCUCUGAGAAACGGGUUUUUCGAGACAGGGUUUCUCUGUGUAGCUUUGGAGCCUAUCCUGGCACUCUGGAGACCAGGCUGGCCUUGAACUCACAGAGAUCCGCCUGCCUCUGCCUCUGCCUCCCGAGUGCUGGGAUUAAAGGCGUGCGCCACCAACGCCCGACUACAAACUGUUUUUUAAAAUUGCUAUCAACCUAAUUAAACAGCUUCAUAUGUUAAAAAAAAAGAAUGUAUCUACUUGAGGGAUAGUACAGAGAGGAAAGUGUAGACAUUGCAGGGACCCCGGUGUCUCCUCAUAUCUGUUCCCGCUCAUUUGCUCUAGAAAUCUUUCCCUCCCUUCUUUACCAGAGUGUUACUUUGAAUUACCUGAUAGAGCUGGAGACAUGGCUCAGCAGUUAAGAGCACUGGCUGCUCUUACAGAGGACCUAGAUUCAAUUCCCAGCUCCCACAUGGCAGUUCACAACUGUCUAUAACUCCAGGAUCCAACACAGACAUACAUACAGGCAAAACACCAAUGCACAUAAAAUAAAAAUAAAGUUAAAAAAAGAAUUACCUGAUAAUUAUAGUGCUGAACAUUAAAUGUUUUUAUCCCUUUG